AUGUAUGUGAAAUGGUUUGAUACAGGAAUGUUAUACUAUGUGAUUUUACUGUAUUGAGUGAAUGUCACUUUUUGUCAUUUUCAAAUUUCCCGCCAGUUCCGUCCCCCGUACGUCCCGACGUCACAGGGAACGGAACCCGGAAGACAGAUGCCGGCAUCCAUCGGAUUACAUUGCCGGGGACACUGCAGGAGGGACAUCGCGGGAGCGCAGGACAAGGUAAGUGAUCGAGGGAUCCUGGAGCAGCGCCGCAUGGUAAGCCCGAGUGUAGCUCGGGGUUACCACUUGUGCUACACUCGGGAAUACCGCUAGGGAGGUUA